GUAACAUCGCCGCCUCAUUGCGGCUUCCGGGUCGGUGUAAACAGUGUGCAGCCUUCCCACACAGAUCUGGAAGAUGUCGAAAGUAACGUUUAAAAUCACUUUGACGUCGGACCCUCGUUUACCUUAUAAAGUAUUAAGUGUACCUGAGAGCACACCGUUCACUGCAGUUUUGAAAUUUGCAGCAGAAGAGUUUAAAGUGCCUGCAGCCACGAGCGCAAUCAUCACAAACGAUGGCAUCGGAAUCAACCCUGCACAGACAGCAGGAAAUGUGUUCUUGAAACACGGAUCAGAGCUUCGUAUCAUUCCCAGGGAUAGAGUGGGAGGAGACUGCUGUCAGAUGUGACUGUGCAGACUUUCUGUCACAGAUGAUGAACAUAAUUUAGUAUUUAUUGCCCGGCCAUGAGGUGUCAACUCUCAGCUGCUCCAGCAGGCACUGCGGCGACUCCAAAUCUGUCAGAAUACCUCACAAAUCAAAGUAAAAAACCUCCCUGAAAAUAUACACGCACGGGACAUUGAUCUGCACAUUGGUAGUCUGGAAGUUAGUACCGCCAGUUCCUUUACAGCAUUUGACAUGUAACCCAUAAGUCUGUUUGUUUUUGUAACUUUUCAUAACUCAUUUUUGAAGUUGUUAAUGUAUAUUUUCUGAUUGAAGCCUGGUGGUAAAAAUCAUGUCCAUUUUUCUUUUGAGAAAACUUGACAAACUGAUAUUAGGCAUCAUCUUUUGUCUUUUUUAACACUUUAUGGUUCCCAUCAAAGAUACACGUUAGUGUGUCCUCUAAAAACAUCUAUUUAGUGUUAGCUGUUUAGAGUCAAGACAUGAAAUGUAAUGCCAAUUGCUGUUUUGUAGGUCAUUAACAGAAUCACUAAUACAAAUAAAACAAAAGUAUUAAACAAGAUCUAGAUAAUACAUAAACAUUUCAUAAUGUCACAAUCUUCCCUGGUUAUUAAAAAUUGCAAUGUUACAUAAAUCUGUUGAAUGUGAUUUUUUUUUCUAAAAAGUUGUGUAACUUCACUUCUCACUCAAGUCCGCAAUUCUUUUUAAGAAACCCGAAUAGUACAUCAGACUGUUAAAUGACAGGCAUCUGCCUUUGCUUUUACGCUCUCCAUUAGUCUUAGGCUGUGGGGGAGGGUCUUACUGUUCAAUUCAAUGUCGUAAUGAGCUUUCAUUUGUUUUAAUAAAAGAGCAGGCAUGCGGUGCCCUUUCCAAGCCACUCAUUACUGAGAAAAGGGAGAAGUGCAUUAUAAAUACAGCAAGGGCAACAUUAUUCAGACACGACGUGCUUGCACGUUUGAAAAGGCAUCGCUCGCCUCCAGGCCCAUUUGGAAGGAAAUGAUGCGCUUCGUUCAUUAGCCGUGCGGCAAGUCGAGAAGUGAAUGAACUCUCCUACGUAAAAACUGUCCAAAUGGAAAAGUUUACAGAUACUAGUGGACGUUCUUGUCUUGUACAUUAAAAAAGGCAUGA